GGAAGUGGAGUUCCUCACACUGAUACCUGCGGGAAAUAACAUGGGUUUUAUCUUAAAUACGACAAGACAGCUGGUUGCCUUUGCGCUGGUGGUUCUUCUGCGCCCGGUCGGAGCCCUAAACAACGGCCUGGCACUGAGACCCGCUAUGGGCUGGUUACACUGGGAGAGAUUUCUGUGUAACACCGACUGUGACGCGGAGCCUGACAAUUGCAUCAGUGAGCGUCUCUUCAUGCGAAUGGCAGACGUGAUGGUGACAGACGGCUGGAAAGAGGCGGGGUACCAGUACGUGUGCAUUGACGACUGCUGGUCCUCCCUGCAGAGGGAUGUCAGGGGUCGCCUGCAGGCUGACCCCAAGAGAUUCCCCCGGGGCAUCGAGAAACUGGCCCAAUAUGUCCAUGCCAAAGGUCUGAAGCUGGGCCUGUACGCAGAUGUCGGGGAGAAAACCUGCGCUGGAUACCCGGGAAGCCUCGGCCAUUAUGAGACAGACGCGCAGACCUUUGCAGACUGGGGUGUGGAUCUGCUCAAGUUUGAUGGCUGCAACAUGAACUGGACGUUGCUUGGAGAAGGUUAUAGCAACAUGUCAAAGGCGCUCAACGACACUGGAAGAGAGAUUUUGUUCUCUUGUGAAUGGCCUUUGUAUGAGUGGCCCUUCCAACAGCCCAACUACACGGCGAUCCGAGAGACGUGCAACCAAUGGCGCAACUUUGCUGACGUGACUGACUCGUGGAGCAGUGUGAAGUCCAUCUUGGCCUGGACUGCAGCUCACCAGGAGGUCAUCGCUCCGAUGGCAGGCCCAGGAGGCUGGAACGACCCCGACAUGCUUGUGAUUGGAAACUUUGGCCUGAGUCACGACCAGCAGGAGUCUCAGAUGGCUCUCUGGGCCAUGAUGGCGGCGCCUCUGCUCAUGUCCAACGACCUGAGGAACAUCUGUCCGCGGUCCAAGCAGCUGCUGCAGAACAGACGCAUCAUCGACAUCAGCCAGGAUCCCCUGGGCCUGCAGGGCACUGUGACAGCCACGGUGGACGACUUUGAAGUUUGGGAGAGGCGGCUCUCCCAGCAUCGCCUGGCUGUCGCUGCUUUAAACAAAAUGGAGAUUGGAGGUCCCCGAGAGUUCCGCCUCACCGCAGCUCCUGGCUGGGCCAUUUGCAAGCCGCUGUGCAACGUGACUCAAGUUCUACCACAAUACAAAGAGCUGGGAGUCACGAGUCCCAACAGUCAACUGGGGGUGUUGGUUCACCCUUCAGGUACUGCACUGGUGAUCAUCACGCCCCCCGGUGGGUCAAAAAGUGCACACCAACUUUUCUCACAGGGAGGAAGUCAACCUCCGAAGAAAGUCAGGUUAUAACACUGAAGGAAACCCGCUAACUACUUGGAACCAUCGACUCAUUUGAGUCCAGACUGAUGACGUCUGUGCUGCAGACAGAUGCAGGCAAACUGGACGUUUCCUUGUUCUUGAGCUGCUGCAGCUACAAUUCAAAUUACUCACAAGACUCAAGUAACUUUGAAGACAUUUAUUGAAAAUGGUGACAGAUCAGAGAGAAUGGUCCACAGCUUAAAACUGGAUGACCUGGCCCUGUAGGAGAGAAGAGACGGGCAACAUUAGAAUAGAGUUCCAGGCAAAACACUUUACCGCAAGAGUCUUUUAAAGAAUGUAUUUUUUGGAGUUAAUAUAGAAACGACUGGCUUCAUUAGUUACACUGGAAAAAUCUAACUGUAACAUACACAAAAUGCCUGGCCAACUCAAUGCAAAACCAGGAACAUGUAAAGGACAAACUCAAAUCCAAGUCUGGUGAAGUCGGUUAUUGGAAACUAUACAUAUGAAAAGCCACAUUCACUACAGCAGAGGAAGAUGCAUGAUUUAGAUGCAAGGAGUUCCAACUGGAACACCGAACCAGGGCUGCAGCAGAAAAGAGGCUCUUGUUGGGAGUCCUUGUUUCUUACCGUGUCCAUGCUUUACACAGACUAGACACCUACACUAGAUCAUUUCACUGACACACUACCAGCAUCAGUGAACACUCCCUCAUGACAGGAACCGUACCUUUCUCUUCUUGUCGCCACCCAACUCGAAGUGCUUGCAUCGCUUGAUAGCCAGCAUUCUCUUGGACCUGCAGUUGGGCUCAACACACUCCAGCCUCAGCACGAUCUUCUUUGUCGUCUUGGCCUGAAAGCAUUGUCAAACUUUUAACACCAACAUUAAAUGGAUAAACUAUCACAAGAUGCAGGGCUCCACUACUCUCUUUGAGAUUGUAUUGUUCUUUGGUGCAGUGCUCUCAUUCACGUUGGUCCAGUGUGACGACAACAUGGAGAGGGAACACAAUUCCAACACAUUCUCUACACAGGAAUCAGAUCCUGUAUAGUUUAGAUUCCUACUCAGGAAACACUUGUUCUGAGUCCCUCUUGAGCCCAAUUGAUGCUCUGAUUUUAGGUGAGUGCAGCUUGAGAAUUUUUGCUGUACAUUUUUAUGACUUGUUGCUGUUAAACAGACAACCCUGACAUACAUCAGCAUUGUUCUUGUGUUGUAAAAGCGUUACUAUGUGGGCAAAUAUGCUGAUGCAAUAAAUGCACACAAUUGAGUAACUGGAAGAGCAUCAUCUCAACUAUGUACAACAUUCUGUUUAUCUAUUGCUUUUUGUUUUCCACUGAUCACUAUCUUCGAUAGGAAUCUGUCACAAUGUCUACUUUGUCAAAGAUGGUAAAAACUCUUAAGGUAACUAAAUAGUGAUAUGGCGCAAACAAAACUAUGAUGAAAUCAAAAUCAUGGCUUCUUUAUUAUUAAAUAUAUAUUCAUUGUAUUAUUCUUGUUGUCAUAUACACCACACCAGCUGGUCAAUCUUUCACAUGAACAUAUCUUAGGCAUCCACUCUAUUCACUUCAUGUCUUCCUUUAACUCCAUUACUAAACCUACUUUCUACCAUAGAAAC